CUCUCUCUCUAUCUAGAAUCUUAAUCUCCUCAAUCGUCCGCCUACAAAUGGUAAAGCCGACCGCCGCAACAGCCGCCACUACCUCCGAAGGGGGACAGCCGGGGAACUCGGAGACGAAAUACAAGGGAGUGCGGAAGAGGAAAUGGGGGAAGUGGGUGUCAGAAAUACGGCUCCCCAACAGCCGAGAGAGGAUUUGGCUGGGCUCCUUCGACACGCCGGAGAAGGCGGCGCGGGCAUUCGACGCUGCCCUUUUUUGUCUCCGCGGCCACGGCGCCAAGUUCAACUUCCCCGACAACCCUCCGGAUAUCCCCGGUCGGGAGUCUCUCACUCCCUCGGAGAUCCAACUGGUCGCCGCGAGAUUCGCCAACGAAGAGCCGCCGAAAGAAUGCUCGGAGUUGGAGUCGCAGCACUCGCAGUCGGAGUCGCAGCACUACAACUACACGCCGUCUUGUUCGUUGUCGGAACAGUUGGAGAACGAAACGAUAAUGGACGGAUCGUUUUGGAGCAUAAGGGACUACAGCUAUAUCGAUGGCGGUGGACUCGGGAUUUCUCCGCCAAGCCCGAUGGAUGAGAGUGGCGGCGAAGAGUUUUUUCAGCAGUCGUCAUUCCUCUGGAACUUCUGAGUGCUCCGGCGAAUUUUAACUGACGGAGUUGCUUAUUUUUGCCGGAAAAAAUUGGAAGUUCCGGUAAAUCUAUAUGACCAAGUUUUGGAGGGGGUAUGGCCAAGUUUUAACAUGUGCCAUCGCCCUCUGAUUAAAUUCAAGAUUUAUAACACCAAAGAAUAAUGAUGGUGUAUAAUAUUAACUUUAAUUAGUUUGGAAGCCACUAUGAAUUCUUUUGGUAAAUCUAUAUGACCAAUACUAUUGGUGUAAACCCCAAAAAAUUAAAAUCUUUAUUUAGAAAAAAAAUAAUGCUCUUAUCAUCUAAUUUUUGUUGAUAAGAGGAGGUCUAGAAGGGGUGAUUGGCAGAGUUGAGGAUAUGGGAUUGGUGGGUUCGCCUUCUACAUUCAUGGCCACACCUUUGUUGGUGCAACAUCGUUAUCUUAUGUAGGGUUUGUUUGAAAAACCAAAACAACAAAGAAACCCCUUAUUUCUUUUUUAA